AAAUUCCACAUGGUAAUUAUACAAUCCCUCUAGCAGGAGAUGAGGCAGAACCAGAGUCCACUCCAACAACACAACUCAUGGAUUCUUUUGACAGUGAAACAGGUGGUGCCACCAUAGCACCUGGAGAAGAUGAAAGCAAUGGAAUGAUAGAAAUGAUCACCACAGCCAGUAUUACUCCCGCAGAAGAUCCAAAGGGAGGCAGCAAGAACGGCACUCAGGGAUUCAAUUUUACAGUUGGUGACUUGGACCAGCCCACUGGAUCUGGAAUGCUGCCAACGCAGCCUGAGGAGGAAGCAGCACCUACAACGGCCCCUGUUGGAGAGUCAGGGGAAACACAAUCUCCCUCUGAAAAUGAGCAGGAGGAUGACAAAAAGGAGCCUGUCAGAGAUCACGAGUCUUCUUUACAACCUAACGGCAGAGGACGUGUCCUUGCUCCCUCUGAGCCUGGACCCGGUCAACCAGAGAGCCAGAGUUCAUCAGACUGGCUUAUAAUCAUUGGGGUCAUAGUGGCAGUCGCUGCUAUUCUUAUUGUUUGUGUAGCUGUUGCCAAAAGAAAGAGCCUGUGCGGCAAACGACAGACGCUGAUGAUCACGGCCAAAGAUGGCGGCGAAGGCAAUGGAGCAGCGGCAUCGGCAUCCAGCCCCCACUCCCAGGAGCGGGAGCAGGAGAUGGUGACGCUCAUGAACAAGGAGAAGAUCCAGGAGAACGGCAACACGGAGGAGUUCACCGUCAUCACGCUAGAGGAGUCGCCAGAUAAAGAGCAGCAGGCGUGAGACGGAGGAGGGAGGAGGUGGAGGUGGAGGGGGAGAGAGGGCAAAGAGUAGAGGAGGUGGUUGAGAGGGGUUGGAGUAGAUUGAUGUGGGACGGGGCUUCAAUCACUGGGGUUAUAAACUGCUUUGAUGAUCAGCACUGAAUGGAAGCGGAGUGAGGGUCUCUGUGUGAGAUUGUCUAAACGUAAGUGUUUUCUGGGUCUGUGCAGCAUUUUGUCUGCGCGGUGUGAGCCAGAUGGUGACCCUCAUCUGGUGACCCGUUUUCAGGACUGAAUGGUCGGUCAGAGAAAGCGAUGCAUGGCUGGGGUAUGAAGCAUCAGUGCGUAGCAGGGUGUGUGAGCGUCUUCUGAAGUCCGUUCUUUGUGCUCUUUGAUGACGGCGCUGGAGGGGCUCGGGUUUACACGGGGGUGGAGGGAGGGAUGUGGGGGGGGGCGGGGGUGUUCGAGGGUCUAACCUGUGAAGAAAAAUAUUAACAACUGAUGUGUCUGCUUCUGUUUCAUAAUUGGUGAAAGUCUGGGGCCUAUCAGAUGAAUUAAAUCAAUGAAGAAAACUGUGUAAUUUAACUGGUGUGGUAAAAAAAAGGAAUUUUCAAUAACUCCUGGUGUUUUAUAAGCAUUUGUUGUUGCAUUUUGUUUGUCUCCUGAUUGUUGUUUCCUCGUGUAUAUUUCACACAUAACCUGUGGACUUAGAUUUUUUCUUUAAAAACAAAACAAACAAAAAAAAACCCUGAAGCUGUUACUAUUUUUAAUUUAUGCAGGCCUGAGUCCCUUUUUCUUGUUCUAUGUAUAUAAAGUGUUGGACAUGCCUUAGCAGUAGCUACCAGUGCUGUUUGUUUGUUUGUUUUUAUGGUAGGAGACAGCGUUUCAUUUAUUCCUUUUAGACAAAGGAAUGUGUCUACUUUGAUGGUUAUUUAAGUAGAAAACAGAUUUCGCAAUACUGCAUGAAUCGGUAGCAUCCAAAAAAAAAGUCAGUAAAUAUGGUAUAUAAAUUUAAUAAGGAGCUGGCAAUAUGGUGAUGUGACGUUCCUGUUGCUAUCCUGGGGAUAAGCAGAAUGCUAUUGAUGUAUAUAAUCUGAGUACACAGUGUGUACAUUGAUUAGAAGGGGAGAAAUAAUUGGGACUGUGUCAGAUCGAGCACAUUGAGGACACGAGAUUCAUCUUAGAUGCUGAAUUAAAUAUCAUAUAUGAUUUUCAGCAUCAAAUAAGUACAGCACAAUAUGCCAUGGGGGGUUUUGGGGGCAUUAUAGUAAAAUAAAAGUCUCCACACAACAA